GCCAUUGGUCUGCUGGAGGGUCGUGGCGACGUCUCACAGAUCCUGACUGACCAGUCGAGUGCCGGUGGACGGGCCCUAGUUGACCUGAUCAUUCCUCGUGGCAGUGAGAGCCUGAUAAAGCGGGUGCAGGCCCAAGUGAACGCCGCGGGAACCGGUAUUCCGGUGCUUGGUCACAGCUCUGGUGUCUGCCAUGUCUACGUUGAUGCACGUGCGGACGAAGAGAAGGCCAGGAAAAUAGUCUUGGAUUCCAAGUGCAAUUACCCUGCCGCCUGCAACGCCAUGGAAACACUUCUCCUUCACGAAGAUCAUGUCAAAUCCGGUCUUGCCCAGGAAAUAUGCGAGGACUUGAUCGACCACGAGGUUGAAGUAUUCGUUGGUCCGAAGCUGCGCCAAAUGGCUCUGGAUUUUACCAAGACGUUUAAGUCGGCUCCAUCCUUCUCUACGGAGUACUCGGACAAGAAGUGCACCGUGGAAAUUGUUUCAUCACUGGACGAAGUAAUCCAACACAUCGAUUCCUUCGGCAGUUCCCACACAGACACUAUUGUUACCGAAGAUCAAGCCACCGCGGACAAAUUCCUCCAAGGCGUGGACAGUGCAUGUGUGUUUCACAAUGUUAGCACAAGGUUCGCGGAUGGCUAUCGAUUCGGAUUGGGUGCAGAAGUAGGAAUAAGCACUGGAAGGAUUCAUGCCCGAGGACCAGUCGGUGUGGAAGGUCUUCUAACUACCAAGUGGAUCCUACGAGGUGAAGGACAGCUCGUAGGGGACAUUGAACUGAAGAAGGGAACAUAUCCAAGAGACACCCCGAAAACUGCCCAGGCUGUUUAA